UCAAGGGAGGUAAUGUAUUAAAAUGGGAUGCUAGCGAGGGGUGGUAUCUUUGAUGCAACUAGUGCUGGCAUUGGUCAGUACAUCCCCAGACUAGAAGUUCUAACCCAAUCCUGAACUUUUUCAGAAAAAGAUAGACUUAACGAGGGGAUACUUAUUGGAGGAGCGUGCAGCCCCUCUCUUAUCCGGACACUUGUGGGACACAAAGAUCCUGAUCUUUUGUCUUGUUCCUUUCAAGCACACUGUGAUCACUCUGACCGGCCUUCAAUAUGCCUACCGAUGCCCAGAUUGAUGCCCGCUCCUUCCUGAGUGAGGAGAUGAUUGCUGAGUUCAAGGCCGCCUUCGACAUGUUCGACACUGAUGGUGGUGGUGACAUCAGCACCAAGGAGUUGGGCACUGUGAUGAGGAUGCUGGGCCAGAAUCCAAGCAGAGAGGAGCUGGACGCCAUCAUUGAAGAGGUUGAUGAAGAUGGCAGCGGCACCAUUGACUUUGAGGAGUUCUUGGUCAUGAUGGUGCAGCAGCUAAAGGAGGAUCAGGCUGGCAAGAGUGAGGAUGAGCUGUCUGAAUGCUUCCGCAUCUUUGACAAGAAUGGAGAUGGCUUCAUUGACCGAGAGGAGUUUGGUGACAUCUUGCGCUCCACUGGCGAGCCAAUAACGGAGGAGGAGAUAGACGAGCUCAUGAUAGACGGAGACACCAACAAAGACGGCAAAAUCGACUUUGACGAGUUUCUGAAAAUGAUGGAGAACGUACAGUAAAGAUGCUACAUUCCACCCUUUCAUCACCCAAA